AUGUGGCUUUCAAAGUUCCAGUUCCCCUCGAGGAUUAUAGCUAAGGGUAUCUUUUUGAGCCAUAAGUCACCCUUACUAGUGCGACUGACAUCAACCACAACUAACUCACUGAGUAAUGGGAGUAUCCCAACACAAUACUCAGAGCUCUCUCCACUACUCAUUAAGCAAGCGGAAAAGUAUGAAGCUGAACUGAAAGAUCUUGACAAGGAUCUUUCUAGGGGUAUUCAUUUUGACGUGAAUAAGCAGAAACAUCAUGCUAAAUUAUCAGCGCUGACUGAUACAUUUACUGAGUAUAAGGAAAAACUAAAUGAAUUAAAAGGCUUACAAGAAAUGAUUGUAUCCGAUCCAUCAUUAAGGGCAGAGGCUGAACAAGAAUAUACAGAACUGGUUCCGGAGUAUGAAACGACCUCCUCAAGAUUGGUAAACAAACUUCUUCCGCCGCACCCUUUUGCAGAUAAGCCUAGCUUAUUAGAGCUUCGACCGGGGGUAGGUGGUAUUGAAGCAAUGAUUUUUGCUCAGGAUCUGUUGGACAUGUAUAUUGGCUAUGCUAACUAUAGGAAAUGGAAAUAUCGAAUCAUAUCGAAAAAUGAAAACGAAAGCGGUUCAGGUAUUAUCGAUGCUAUUCUAAGCAUUGAAGAAGCCGGAUCUUACGAUCGUUUACGGUUUGAAGCAGGCGUCCACAGGGUGCAGAGAAUUCCUAGUACAGAAACGAAAGGAAGAACACACACAUCCACUGCGGCCGUGGUUGUGUUACCUCAAAUGGGUGACGAAUCUGCGAAAUCUAUUGAUGCUUACGAAGGAACAUUUAAACCUGGUGAAAUUAGAAUUGACAUCAUGCGUGCAAGCGGUAAAGGUGGUCAGCAUGUCAAUACGACAGACUCUGCUGUCAGAUUAACCCAUAUACCCUCCGGAAUCGUUGUUUCCAUGCAAGACGAAAGAUCACAACAUAAAAAUAAAGCUAAGGCAUUUACAAUUUUAAGAGCAAGGCUUGCAGAGAAGGAAAGGUUGGAAAAGGAGGAAAAAGAAAGAAAAGCAAGAAAAAGUCAGGUUUCUAGCACAAAUAGGUCCGAUAAAAUUAGAACAUACAACUUUCCACAGAACAGAAUUACUGAUCAUAGAUGCGGGUUUACGUUAUUGGACCUGCCAGGUGUGUUGUCCGGCGAAAGAUUGGAUGAAGUUAUUGAGGCUAUGUCCAAAUAUGAUAGCACCGAAAGGGCGAAAGAAUUAUUGGAGAGUAACUAA